CUGCAAGACUUAUGACUUCCGGGUUGGGUCAAGCUCGAGCGUUGUGUCGUUUCAGAAAGGUUCAGCACCCAUCAUCAUGUCAGAGCUCAGCGGCAAAGUCCAGACUGUUCUGGGUCUGGUAGAUCCAGAGCAGCUGGGCUGCACGAUGACCCACGAACACCUUUCUAUGACCUUCGAGUGCUGUUACUUCCCGCCUCCGCCAGGCGAUGAGGCGGUGGAGGAAAAUCCGUUCCAGAUGAAGCACAUGCACUGGCUGAGACAGAAUCCUUACAGCUGCCGUGAGAACCUGCUUCUGCAGCAGGAGAUCAGUGCCAUCAAGGAGGAGCUGCUCGCCUACAAGAAGGUUGGCGGUGGUACCAUCGUGGAGAACACAACCACAGGCCUCAAUCGGGACUUGACCACGCUCAAGCAGCUGGCCAAGGACACCGGGGUCCACAUCAUUGGAGGAGCUGGAUACUACGUAGACAACACCCACACAGAGACCACCAGGAGCAUGAGUGUGGAGCAGCUCACCGACAUCAUCACUAGCGAGGUGCUUAACGGCGCCGACGGCACGGACAUUCGCUGUGGCGUGAUUGGAGAGAUCGGCACCUGCUGGCCAAUCACAGAGAGCGAGAAGAAGAUGCUGAGGGCCACGGCUCACGCUCAGGCCCAGCUCGGCUGCCCCGUUAUUAUCCAUCCUGGUCGCAAUUCCGCCGCUCCCGCUGAGGUCAUCCGCAUUCUCCAGGAGGCCGGCGGUGACAUCAGCAAAACAGUCAUGUCUCACCUGGACAGAACAAUAUUUGAUGAGAGUGAAUUGCUUGAGUUUGCAAAGCUGGGCAGUUACCUGGAGUAUGACCUGUUUGGAACGGAGAUGCUGAAUUAUCCCUACAACCUGAAUGUGGACAUGCCCAGCGACAGCCAGAGAGUCAAGGCUUUGGCGUUCCUGAUGAAGGAGGGCUACGAGGACAAGAUCGUGGUGGCACACGACAUCCACACCAAAAACCGUCUGACGAAGUAUGGCGGUCACGGCUACACUCACAUCUUGAAAAAUAUUGUGCCAAAGAUGCUGUAGAGAGGAAUCUCUCAGAACCAGGUGGACAAGAUC